AUGCUCACUAAAUUUGCUGAUCAACUCGAACCCGAGUGGGAAUUUGAUCCUUUACUUGAAAAUGUUGCAUUUGGAAGUACAAUGUUUGAUUUUGCCUUCACAUUGAAUGAUUUUGCUUCUUUAUUCGCUCCAAAAUUUCACGUUCCAAAACACAAAGUUAUUUCAAAACUUUGGGGUGAUAAAUUUUUCGAUGCAGAGACACAAAGGUGGACACAAACACCCCUCUCACAAUCUGGAAAAGCUUGUAAACAUGGAUUUACUCAUUUUGUCAUGACACCAAUUUUUACAUUAUUUAGACUUAUACAAGAUCGUCACAUUUAUCCUUCCGAUAGACUUGAGAAGGCUUUACAACGAAUCGACAUUCAAUUAAGCCAAGAAGAGGCCUUGUUGGAAAGCAAAUCCCUGACAACACUAGUAAUGAGAAAAUUUUUACCAAUUUCAAGAGCACUGAUGAAUAUGAUCACAACACAUGUGACAUUCAAACCAAAGAAUUCAAGAAAGUUUAUGUUUCAUAACUUACGAAAUGAAACGACCAAAUUGCAACAAUUAUCAGACAUUAACAUUGUGACAUUACGCAAUAGUGAGCGAUGA